AUGCUUGUUUUGGGGAUCCCGCCUGAUUCCAUCAUAAACGAACUCCGCAACGCACAUCCAGGCGUAGCCCGAAUGAAAGCCUUGGCGCGCGCUUACUGCCGGUGGCCUGGCCUAGAUACGGAGAUAGAGAACUAUCUAAAAACAUAUGGUUUGUGUCAGCAGUAUCAGUCAAAUAAACCUCCCGGUCCGGUACACCAUUGGCGUUGGCCUGAAAAGCCAUGGCAGCGCAUCCAUGCGGAUUACUUUGGACCCAUGAAUGAUGUAUUUUUCCUGCUGCUAAUUGACGCUCGUUCGAAAUGGAUAGAUGUUUAUACCGUUGCCCACCCUACUACAGAGACAACUAUCUCCAAAAUGCGGUCGUCAUUUGUAAUAUUUGGGAUACCGGAGACACUCUGCACAGACAAUGGGUCAUGUUUCACUAGCAAAGAAUUUGAAAUCUUCAUGAAUAGCAAUGGUGUCCAGCAUGUCCGUACAGCUCCAUAUCACCCUGCUUCUAAUGGGCUAGCAGAAAGGGCGGUGCAGACAAUUAAAAGAGGUCUCUCCAAACAAGGACCAGGAAUUGUUCAGACGAGGUUAGAUCGCUUGUUGUUUGCUUACAGGAUAACGCCCUCGGAAGCUACUGGUAAAUCACCUACGAUGAUGUUUGGUCGAACACUCCGUACCAGACUGGAUCUUCUGUUUCCAAAUCAUAGAGCACAAAUGGAGAGGAAACAAGACAAGGCUGCCGCAUCGCAAGAUCACCACGACUCUAGUUGGCAGCCGGGUGAUCCCGUAUACACACGACUUCCCCAUGUGCACUGCUGGCAACCCGCAACUGUAAUUAAAGUGACUGUACCCAAUCAGAUCUUGAAUUAA